AUGGCUGGAAAGGUUGUUAAGCAACUGGCUGGUAGUGGAACAGGCCAAAGCCUUUCCGACCUAAUGACAGCCAUGAAAUACACCUUAUCUGGUUCAGUGGUGGUGAAAGUCAUCUGCAAAGCUACCACAGAGGAAAUGUGUGCUCCAAAAAAGAAACAUUUAGCAUAUCUUGUCCAAUGUACAUUUGAGCCUCGACUUUCAGUCCCAGAUUUUGCUAACCAAAUUGUAAAUCGGACUCAACAUAGCAACUUGGUUGUUGCGUUCAAGGCGCUAUUAACAAUACAUCAUCUAAUGCAGUACGGCAAUGAGAGAUUUUCACAAUACAUUGCAUCGAAUAAUUGUCAUUUCUAUGUGCCAAGUGUACAUGAUCGCAACACAUUUCAAUCAACUCACAGGAUCUCUGUAUUUCUACGACCUUAUGCAAAGUAUUUAGAUGAAAAAGCAGCAUCUUAUCGUGAAGUUGCCUUUGAUUUUUGUCGUUUAAAACGUGGAAAAGAUGACAGUGAUAUGAGAACAAUGCCACAAGAGAAAUUGUUGAAAACUCUACCAGUUAUCGAGAAACAAAUAGAUGCCCUACUAUUGUUCGAUGCAACAACAAGUGAGCUAUCGAAUUCACUUCUGCGUGUUGCACAUCUCUUCCUUUAUCGUGAUCUUAUCCGAUUGUAUGCUGUGUAUAAUGAGGGUAUGAUUAAUCUCAUAGGUCGAUAUUUCACAAUGUCUAAACGUGAUUGUCGUUUAUCCUUGGAGAUAUAUAAAAGUUUCGUCAAGCGUAUGGAAGCAAUGAAUGUAUUUGUCAAAGUUGCUGAGUCUGCUGAACCUGGCGGUACACCUCUGCCUUUGGAUUCAGAGAACAAUCCUUUUCAACCUGUACCACCGUCUGUAUUAGAAGCUCUUGAACAACAUUUAGCCUAUUUAGAAGCUCAUAAACAAGGUGACAAAAAAACGCCAAGUAAUCCAUCUCCACAACAAUCACAAACUAAUCCAAUCACAUCGACACUGUCUACAUCAAAGUCAACACCGAAUGAAUCUGAAUCAACUAUACCAUCAUAUUAUAAUCAAGAUAAUGGUGGGGGAGAAUUCACCCUGACUCCAGCUGAACGUCAACGAAUUAUUGAAGAGGAAAGAGCCCGACUAGAGGCAUUUGUAUCAACAGCCCGACAACACGCUUAUUCAUCAGAUCACAGCAAUCAACAGCAGGCGCAACACCAACAGCAAACGCAACAACAACAACAGACAAAUCAUUAUGGUUCAUCUGGAUCAUCCACUAUUACAGAUAGUGAUAAAUUUCUUGAUCUAAUGUCUUAUGAGAAAUCAUCUUUUACUACUGCGACAGCAGAUGUAUCACACGGGUUGAAUGAUUUCACAGGUAGUAGUCGUAGUACUGCUCUGGGUAAUCCACAGAAUUCAAGUGUCUCAAAUGAACACAAUUUACUCGAUCUCAAUGAUAUUUCAACAACACCAUCUCCAUUCGGCGGUGGAUUGAACUCUACAACUCCACAAUUCUAUUUUCCCACGGCUCAUUCUGCGUCAUCAUCAACAUCACUUGUUCCUUUUAUCCCGCCAACUAAUUCCGUAGUACAGUCGACUAAUCCAUUUCUGUUGAAUAGUAAUAAUAAUAUUAACACAUCAUCAUCAAAUCAAUUGAU